CACGGAAGUCUGAUAUAAUAUCUUAUUGGUCCACACAUCUGCUUGCAUCAUUUCUCGGAAAAGCAAUUUCAUUUUCACUUCCCUCCACCACCACCACUGACUGCAAUAAUAUGUCCACAACGCUAAAGAAGGGCAGACAGGUUCGUUGUUGCAGGAAGGCAAAGCACCACAGAGACCAUGACCAGAGGAUAUUGAGUGGAGACAGACAUAGGACAGAGGGCCUGGUAACAUGAGACGGAUGUUAGAAGAGGGUGACCACAGGUUCAUUGUGACGGUUUUGGACCAGAAUUCACUGCGAUGUGACUGAACUGAACUAUCAUAAACAGACCAGACAACUGCUGAGCGUGCACAUCACUCGUAUUUUACCUCAGACACGAGCAAAAGAAAAUUAGACGAGACUGUGGGACGAUCUCAUUUUACGCAUGAGCAAUCCGCCAGGGGAUACAGAUUUCUAUGGGGGUACUGAAUUGGUUACAACACCUGUUUGUUACAGUCUGGGGCGAUCAAUGAAUUUUGUCAUCCUCUUGGUGAGAGAUGAUUAAGAACAAGUGGGAAGAAAGAUUUCAGAGGGUUGAGCAGUUGGCACAAACAUAUCAGCAUAGACCUCUGUGCUCACCUUAUAAACCGAGGCUUUGGAAGCUUUGGCAGCCAUCUUCAGUUUGGAGAGUCUUUCCCCGUCAAAGUUUUGCCAUCGGCUUUGCCAAAAGUUGUAAGGAGGAUGUGCAUGUGUUUGCUCUGGAGAAAGAAGGAGCUGAACAAGGCCAGAGAAUCUACCUAGUUACCACAUACACUGAGCUUUGGCAUUACUACAAGACCUAUAGACAGUCUUUAAUGCACUGCUAUGAGGUAAUCCCAGAGGGAUCGGUUUGUAAACUUUACUUCGAUUUAGAAUUUCACAAGCCAUCUAAUACCAGUGUGGAUGGAAAACAGAUGGUCUCUGCAUUAAUUCAGUAUGUGUGUCUGCAACUAGAUGUGUUUUAUGGAAUAAAGUGCUCCGUUCAGGAUGUUCUGAAUUUGGAGUCCAGUACAGAAGAAAAGUUCAGCCGACAUCUGAUAUUCCUCCUCCCAAAUGCAGCGUUUAAAGAUAACAUACAUGUCGGGAACUUUUUAAACAAAAUUUUGCAACCUGCGUUUGUGAAACUGCAAAGGAAUGGUUUGGUGUCAGAAAGCCCCAUUGAUGAUAAUGAAUGCCCUGCUGUAAUAGAGACACCCGGUUCAUCGACUGAGAAGAUGCAAAGUUCAGCUGAAGAUGAUUUGAAGUGUCCACAGCCAAAAAGACACAAAUCCACUGAGCUGGAAACAUCACCAGCCAGUCAGAAUGAGGAAUUCCCAUCCCUUUUUGUAAAAGAUAAAGAUGGGUGUGAUCAAAUAUUUGUUGACCUUGGAGUCUAUACAAAAAACAGAAACUUCCGCCUGUACAAAUCAUCCAAACUAGGAAAGAACGCUGCUUUUGAAGUGGCAGAAGACAAUAUGUUCAUCCCUAAACCACAGAUGCAAGUAACCAAAGAAGAAGAAAUCUUUCUUUGUUCUCUAGUGAGCAAUGUUAGGUUCUCAGACAAUUUGAGAAUUCUCAGAUGUGAAUAUCCGCAGACAGAAAAAACAUGUCCUCAUUCUUAUGUGCCUCAAUCUACUAACCAACUAGACUCUUUUGUAGGGCAUCAGCAUUCACCUUAUCCAGAAGUUGAUAACUUUGUCCUUUCUUUAGUAAACAAAGACAACAUUCAAGGAGGUAUAAGGCAGUGGAAAUACUUUUCCUUGGAUGAACUUCUUGUUUACGACAUUUUAAACUACCGUUGGUGUCAAAACAUUGGCAGGUUUCAUAAAAGCAACAACAUUAUGAUUGUUGUAGAUCUUAAAAAAGAAGUUUGGUACCAGAAGUGCCAUGACCCUGUUUGUAGGGCAGAAAAAUAUAAAUCUGAAAGUUAUCAAUUACCCAAUGUGGUCUGCCUAAAUUAUCUCAUCACAGAGGAAGCAGAGGGUUUUGAGUAUACCAUGGAUGAAGCUGGCAACAUUGAACCAAGUCAGAGUACAUUUCCAGCAAAGAAAGCAAACACUGCUGAUGAAUUGUCUCAUGAUGAUUCCGUCCCGUCUGGGAAUCCCCCUACAGAAUGGGACGACUGGCUGGAUGAUGAGUCUUAUCUGGAGGCUUUAGAGAACACUGAGCAAAGUUAUGUUGUAGUCAAGGGACAAAAAGGCACACAAUCUGAAGAAAUCCCGGACAAACUUUUACUUGAAGCUUUGAUAGAACACGAGUCUUCAGCAAAUUAAAAUGCUGUAAAGACCAGGAUUUAAAUGCAACACUUCAUAUUAAAAAGUAAAAUAAAAAACAUGGUAGUUUAAAUAAACAAGAA